AAAAGCUCAGUUUCAGAGUCCCCUUUUAUGCUCUUUCGCCCAAAACCACACUCAAAUCUCUCUCCGUUUCCUCAAAACAAAGAAAAAGCUUCAAUCUUUACCUCAACCCAAACCCAAAGUUUCAGUCUUUCUCUCUCUAGUGCACCAUGGGCGACAGUCAGUACUCGUUUUCGCUCACCACUUUCAGUCCUUCAGGGAAGCUUGUGCAGAUCGAGCACGCUUUGACAGCAGUCGGGUCGGGUCAGACCUCUUUGGGGAUCAAAGCUUCCAAUGGGGUUGUUAUUGCCACCGAGAAGAAGCUACCUUCAAUCUUGGUUGAUGAAGCAUCUGUUCAAAAGAUACAGUGUUUGACACCAAAUAUUGGAGUUGUUUACAGUGGUAUGGGUCCUGAUUUUCGAGUUUUGGUUCGGAAAAGCAGGAAGCAGGCAGUACAGUAUCAUCAGUUAUAUAAGGAACCAAUCCCUGUUACUCAACUUGUGAGGGAAACUGCUGCUGUGAUGCAAGAGUUUACUCAAUCUGGUGGUGUAAGGCCUUUUGGAGUAUCUCUUCUGGUUGCUGGUUUCGAUGACAGUGGCCCCCAACUAUUCCAGGUUGAUCCUUCAGGUUCAUAUUUUUCAUGGAAAGCCUCUGCAAUGGGAAAGAAUGUCUCGAAUGCAAAAACUUUUCUUGAGAAGAGGUACACUGAUGAAAUUGAGCUUGAAGAUGCUGUGCACACGGCUAUUUUGACUCUGAAGGAGGGAUUUGAAGGACAGAUCUCAGGGAAGAACAUUGAGAUUGGAAUAAUUGGCGAAGACAAAAUAUUCAGGGUGCUAUCCCCAGCAGAGAUUGAAGAUUAUUUGGCUGAAGUCGAGUAGUGUUCCUGUUACCAGACACAAUCUGCAAUGGUUAUAGGUUGCAAGAUGGUUGAUAGUUAGCGAAAGUGAUUUAAUGUGUUACAAUUAUGUCGAUCUUUUGGAACCAAAUCACAAACCUUUUGGGCUGGAGCAGCAUUUUGCCAUCAUUAAUAGCCCUGGAUUUUGAAGCCUUCAAACUCUUAAAGACUCAUUCGGAACAAUUUGUACCAUGUUUAUUAACUCAGCUGGAUGAAUUUAAGGUGGAAAUUUGUGUGUUGGAUUCGCAUUUGAUGAAUGUAGACUCAUUAUCAUUUCCAA